ACUACUUAUGUUGUCUUAGUUUGAAAAAGUGAAAAUGAAAGUUGUGUUUGGUUUGGUGGUUAUUGGUGUUUCCGCUAUUUUGGCGUCGCCCAUUGAUUACGAUCCAGAAGAAUGGGUCCUCAUUCCAGAUAGCGACUAUAACAUGCAUCUGGUUAAUCUGAGCGACGUUACCUUCAAAAAGGCACUUGCUGAAAGGAGCGAUUUUGCCAUGAACUUUUAUCUCUACACUAAAAAGAAUUCAGUAACUGCUCAACAAAUUGCCACAGGAGAUGCUAGUGCUUUGAGGGCCUCCAACUUUGAUCCAAAAAAUCCAACCAGAUUCAUUGCCCAUGGAUGGCGUCAAAGUCAUACUUCCGAUAUGAACGCCGACAUUCGCAAUCAGUACUUGACUCGAGGAGCUUUUAACGUUUUCGUCGUUGGAUGGAGUGCUGGUUCCAAUACUUUCGACUAUGUCAAAGCCGCUGCUAAUACCAUGACUGCUGGGAAGAAACUCGCAGCCUUUAUUGACUUUGUUGUUGCAAAUGGAAACUUGAACACAGGCGACACCUAUCUGAUCGGCCACUCUUUAGGUGCUCAUGUCGUUGGUAUUGGUGGAAAACACGUUACUAAGGGAAAGAUCAACACAAUCUUUGGUUUGGAUGCCGCCCUCCCAAUGUUCUCUAUCAAUCAACCAUCUAAACGUCUGGCUACGGGCGAUGCCUUGUAUGUUGAAUCUAUUCAUACCGACGGUGGAGCCCUUGGUUUUGAAGAGCCAAUCGGUAAUGCUUCUUUCUAUCCUAACUAUGGUAAUGAUCAACCAGGAUGUGGAUUCGAUUUGACUACUGGCUGCUCCCAUUCUCGUUCAUGCACAUACUUUGCUGAAUCUUUGAGCUUACCUAAUGAGUUUUUGGCUGCAAAAUGUUCUGGAUACAGUGAAAUUACUGGAAAGGAUUGUAGUAUCCGCGGAGCAACUACUGCCCGUAUGGGUGGUCAACCAUCAAACUACGGACGUGGCGUCGAAGGCGUGUAUUAUCUGCCAGUUAACUCAAAGUAUCCGUAUGCUACAGGAAGUGUUUAAAAAAAAUAAUUUGAUAGGUGACCUUAAUUUUAAGAAAGAAAUAAAAUUUAAAGUUUUGUCUUCUCCA